ACACAUUCUCUUCUUACACAACCCUUUUAAAUAGCAUUGCUUAGCCUUUGUUUUCUCCACCAAACCACACUCUAAUCUCAUUUCUCUAUUAUUUUUCAACUCUAUUAUUCUCACUCUCAUUCUAAUGGCAUCUGACAAGAAGAUUAGGAUCGGUAUCAACGGAUUCGGAAGAAUUGGACGUUUGGUUGCUAGAGUUGCUCUUCAAAGAGACGAUGUUGAACUUGUUGCAAUCAACGAUCCUUUCAUCACAACUGAUUACAUGACAUACAUGUUUAAGUACGACACUGUUCAUGGUCAAUGGAAGCAUUUUGACCUUAAGGUUAAGGACUCUAAAACCCUUCUCUUUGGUGAGAAGACCGUUACUGUUUUUGGAACUAGGAACCCUGAGGAGAUUCCAUGGGGUGAGGUUGGAGCUGAUUAUGUUGUUGAGUCAACUGGUGUUUUCACUGACAAGGAUAAAGCUGCUGCUCACUUGAAGGGUGGUGCCAAGAAGGUUGUCAUUUCAGCCCCAAGCAAAGAUGCACCCAUGUUUGUUGUUGGUGUUAACGAAAAUGAAUACAAGCCAGAGCUUAACAUUGUUUCCAAUGCUAGCUGCACAACCAAUUGCCUUGCUCCCCUUGCCAAGGUUCUUAAUGACCGAUUUGGAAUCGUCGAGGGUCUUAUGACCACUGUCCACUCCAUCACAGCUACCCAGAAGACUGUUGACGGUCCAUCAAGCAAGGACUGGAGAGGUGGAAGAGCUGCUUCCUUCAAUAUUAUUCCCAGCAGCACUGGAGCUGCCAAGGCUGUAGGAAAGGUUCUUCCAGAACUGAAUGGUAAAUUGACCGGAAUGUCUUUCCGAGUCCCUACCGUCGAUGUUUCAGUUGUUGACCUCACUGUAAGGCUUGAGAAGAAAGCAACCUAUGAACAAAUCAAGGCUGCUAUCAAGGAGGAAUCAGAGGGCAAGUUGAAGGGAAUUUUGGGUUACACUGAAGAUGAUGUGGUAUCUACUGACUUUGUUGGUGAUAGCAGGUCUAGUAUAUUUGAUGCCAAGGCAGGAAUUGCUUUGAAUGAUAACUUUGUAAAGGUUGUUUCUUGGUAUGACAACGAAUGGGGAUACAGUACCCGUGUUAUUGAUUUGAUUGUCCACAUUGCUUCUGUGGCUUGAGGCUGAUAGCUUAGAUUGUAUCGUUUGAACCUGUUCUAAAUUUUGUCUCACUCGAGAUUAUCAUAGUGUGAAUUUGAAUUCGGCUUAAUAAAACUUUGUGUUGUUGUGAGUGAAGUCAUUGAAACACAAAGUGUCUAUGUUUUAUAUUUUUUGUAUUUUAAAUUAAUAGUCGGCCUUAGGUUCUCUUGUUUUAGAGUUGAUGACUUUUUUUUUCCCCAUUUUUCUUUUCAUUUUGAAUCCUUGUUUAUCUUAAUAUAAGAAAUAUUUUGUUGUCCAUGA